ACCCACCGCAUCACCGGGGAUGGAGCAGUUUGUCAGGAAGCGCUUGAGCUUCCUGACAUCCUUCUGGAACAAGCUCCGUCCCCGUGCCGUGACGGAGAGCUGCUCCCUGGGGUAUCUUGGUUCUGAUUCCGUUUCGCUGCACUCGGAGCCGAACUCCAUUUCCUUCAUCCCCAAGUCUUCUCUCUGUAUCGCUUUAUACGCUUUCACAGCCCGGAGCUCCGAGGAACUGAGCGUAAGCGCAGGGGACAAACUGCGUGUCCUCAGAGAAGAGGGGGAGUAUGUGUUAGCCCGGCGGCUGCUUGGGGAGCCGGCCAUGGGCUACGUCCCUGCUGCCUACGUGGCCAACCUCAGCCAGGGCACCUCAGCUCACCGCCCCUGGUACUUCAGCAGGAUUAGCCGAAACGAAGCGGAACAGCUCCUCCUCUCGCCUCCCAACCAGCACGGCUCCUUCCUUGUCCGGGACAGCGAGAGCAGCAAGGGCGAAUACUCUCUCUCAGUGCGCAACCACACCAAGGUCAGCCACUUCCGAAUCUGCAAGAGCCCCAGGGGCAGCCUCUACAUCCAGAAGGGACACCCCUUCCCCAACAUGGAGGAGCUCCUCGCCUUCUACAUGGAGCACUGGAAGGUCAUCCAGAGCCCUUUGCUGCAGCCCUGCAGCCCUGCGACCCCCCCUGAGAGGGAUGGCUGGGAACGCCCACGCUGGGAGUUCACCCUGCGGAGGAAGCUGGGAGAGGGCUACUUCGGAGAGGUGUGGGAAGGGCUGUGGAGGAACACAGUGCCAGUGGCCAUCAAGAUCAUAAAAGCUGACAUGAAAGCAGAAGACUUCACCAAGGAGAUUCAGAACCUGAAGCGCUUGAGGCAUGAGAAGCUGAUCCAGCUGCACGCUGUCUGCUCUCUGGAUGAGCCCGUGUACAUCAUCACUGAGCUCAUGCGCAAAGGCAACCUCCACAGCUACCUCAACAGUCCUGAAGGGAAGUCCCUGGGCACCUCCCACCUGCUCAACAUCGCCUGCCAAGUGGCAGAUGGGAUGAGGUACCUGGAGGAGAAGCACAUUGUCCACCGGGAUCUGGCAGCCCGAAACAUCCUGGUGGGAGAGGAACUCACCUGCAAAAUUGCUGAUUUUGGACUUGCCCGGCUCCUCAAGGAUGACAUUUAUUCCACCAGCAGCAGCACUAAAAUCCCGGUGAAGUGGACAGCCCCAGAGGCAGCCAACUACCGCACCUACUCCCUCAAGUCCGAUGUCUGGUCCUACGGGAUUCUGCUCUAUGAAGUCUUCACAUAUGGACAGAUCCCGUAUGAAGGGAUGACAAACCAAGAAACUGUACGGCAAAUCACCAGGGGCUACCGCCUUCCCCGGCCCAGCUCCUGCCCUCCUGAGAUCUACAGCAUCAUGCUGGAAUGCUGGAGUGGGAACACGGAGGAGCGUCCCACCUUCCUGGCCCUGCGGGAGAAGCUGGGCUUCAUCUACAGAAGGCUGCUCAGCUCCCUCUCCUGAGGGACCCCUUCCCACCAUCCUUCCUGCACAAGACCCUCCAGGCCAGCUCUUGCCAAGAAGUUCCUUUCUGCUAGUUUGCCCUUUGAAAGGGCUACAAGGAAAGCACAUCCCCCCCAAAAACAGUCCAUGGUCCCUCGCAGUCAGGAUGCAGGGAGGUGGCAAAGGGAAAAGGCAAUGAGUUGUGGAGAACUCGUUGCCAGCACUUGGCUGUGUAGCAGUCUGGAGAAGCCCUGUGGUAGCAGAGGCAUCACCCAGAGUUUACAUCUUCAUUCAGCCAGUAGGGUGGGAGGUCCCUGCCACUCCCCACACCAACAUGAAGGUUUGCAGUUCAUGUUCAGCUGUGGCUCCCCUUGAUUUUUCUUGUAGUGUGUGUCCGGUGUAUUUAUCAAUAAAUGUGUGUGCAUCCAUCUGUGGGAGUCCUCGCAGGGCACUGCUGGAUGCUCUGUC